AUGGAGGCAAAUCAACUUGAUACAGGAAGUCAAAUUUGUGCAGAACUUUCACAAAAUAUCAGAGUCUGCACAGAAGAAUUGAAGAACAACAUUGCUGUAAAAUUCUUUAGUAACAUGAUUGAGGAAAUCACCAGAAAGUAUGGGCCUUCUACAGAACAAUUAAAGAUCUUGGAAAUUGAGAAAGAGAACCAAAGGCUCCAAGGACACAGAGUUUGUGCCCCUAGCUCAAUGUGUCCAGAUGCUGCUCAGAGCAGAAGUACAGAUGCUGGGCUUAGCGCAAGUGAGCUCACAGAACAUUCCACACCCAAGAGCACAGAGAGUCACACAGAGCAAAGUGUGGAAGAAAAGUUUUUCCAGUUACCUUUUACAGACUCUAAACUGGAUACCUCUAAAGGCAGAGUAAAUUGUUUCAGAAGUGGGCCAGCAGGACAGAAACAUGAAAUGUGGGGCACAAAUGAGGACAGUGGUAAUGUGGACCUUGAGAGCAAUGGCCUCUCACAGACUCUUUCCUCUUCCAGUCCUGAAGAAGUCAGCUUCAUUUUGAGGGGAGCUACAGGCCACCAGAGAGGCUCAGCUUUUCCCAAAAACAACUUUCUACAUCAAGCUGAUCCCUUGCUUCCCAAUAACGCGAAGGCUGCCUGUAAGAAACCUGGCUCGUACAGCUCCCCUCAGUCCAAGCCACGUUAUUCCCAGAAUUCUUCACUGCUGCCACUGCCCCAGCUCUUACCAUCAGAUACCCAUGCAGGAUUGACAGGAGCCUCUGAUCAUACCGAUUCUGUAGUUAUGGGCAUUCAGAGAUUUAGAGAUAUGGGGGUCCAGAGAUUUAGAGAUAUGCUGAAAGUACCGUACAAGCUGGAGUUAAAAAAUGAACCCGGCAGAAGUGAUUUGAAGCAUAUUGUUAUAGAUGGAUGUAAUGUCGCAUUUACCCACGGUCUGCAUAAAUUCUUCAGUUGCCGUGGAAUAGCAAUUGCCGUUGAAUAUUUUUGGAACCUUGGCCACAGAAACAUCACUGUGUUUGUGCCUCAGUGGAGAACAAGGCGCAAUCCUAAUGUCAAAGAACAAUACUUCUUGACCCAGCUGAAGGAGGUUGGAAUAUUAUCUCUAACUCCUUCCAGGAUGGUCCUUGGAGAACGAAUUUCUUGCUCUCAUGUCGACAGCUUCCUACUACACUUAGCACACAAGACUGGUGGUGUCAUUGUAAGCAAUGACAAAUUCAGAGAGUUUGUGACUGCGUCAGUGUCCUGGAGAGAAAUUAUCGCCAAAAGAUUGCUUCAGUACACGUUCGUGGGGGACAUAUUUAUGGUUCCCGACAACCCUCUAGGAAGAAACGGGCCUCGGCUAAAAGAAUUCCUUAGAAAGGAGGGACCUAGAGACCUGGAGCCUCUACUCAGUGACCUGCCAAAUGUGGACACGUUCGCCCAGAGCCACAACACCCAAGUAGCCAUCACCAGCUACCAGCCUCCAUAUUGGAACCAGGGAACCUCUUCAGAUCCUUGGCUUCCUCAGCAGCUCCACUUCAUAUCCCUGGCCAGCAUUUCGAAUAUAGAACAGAACCAUCUUAUGCCAGCACAGAGAUCUUCUGCAGAGACCAGCAAGCUGAGGGAGGCCCUGCUGAAGAUCUUCCCUGAUUCUGAGCAAAAACAGAAGAUUGAAGAGAUCCUGGCAGCCCAGCCAUUCCUGAAGGACCUGAAUGUGCUUUCUGGCCUGAUAUUGGACCUAAGCCUGGGCUGA